AGAGAGAGAGAGAGAGAGAGAGAGAGAGAGAGCGCUCAGUGAAGAAGGGGAGCACAUUCACACCCUUUAGAGAACUCACAGGAAGGGAGAGAGAAGCAGAGAAACACAAAAUUCAGAUAGCUUUUAAAUCUUUUACGUCUCUUCAGUCACAGCAAGGCUGCUGGGAUCUCAGUUAGUCAAGCUAGAGGGAAACUCACAAACAUGUCCACUUCAAUCCUGAGACGACAUUCCAGCAAAAAGGGAUUGCAGAACCUCCAGAGGAUCACUGCUCAACGGAGUCUGGAGGAUGCAGAAGAAAUUGAGAGAGAACGCAGGCGACGUCUCCGAUCCAGCUCCUCCACUGACCCUGAAACUACUGUGACCCAGCAGGACGCCCCUCUCAAUGCACAGAUUCUGGACAAUCAGGGUCAGAUUGAUCUGGUUCCACGCUAUCCUUCAUCUUUGGAAGAAGACGAAGGCUUCAGUGAUUGGACGCAACAGCUGAGUAGGCGAAAGCAGAAACAAAUGGAACAUCAAGAUGUAGAAGCACAUUUAAAUGGCUCCCAUCAGUCAAGACUCCAGCCCUGUUCCAACUCUGCUCAACAAAGCAAACUUCAUCAAAAUGACUUCAAUAUGUAUGAUGCCGCCCCAUUAAAACAGAUCCGAUCCCCCCUUUUAAAUCAGAAAAACCUGGAUGAGGACAAUGAUGAUAAAGAUUGUGGUGCCAGAGAGAGGGAAAGACAGGAUAACGUUACGACAGAGAGGAAAGAGAGAGAGUUUAGUAGUUGGUAUGAUGAAGAGGAGAGUCCCAAAAGAAUGACAGAAAAUCUGUCAUCUUCCUGCAGAAGAGACAACCAGGGAUGUGAUAUGGAUGAGAAGGUCAUGGAAAAGAAAGCAGAGAUGAAGAUAUCCUUCACCUCCAAAGUCCUCCUCCAACAGAACGGGAGAUCAAACAGCACCAAUGGACAAGAAGAAAGUCAAAUAACUGAAAGUGUAUCUGAGGAUGUGUUUGCGAAGAGCAGCGAUGACAACCAGGAGCAGAAAGAUACAGGACAUCAGACUCAAGAGGGGGUACAGAGGUGGAUGAUAGAAGAAGAGAGAGAUAAGAGGAGAAGGGAUGUGAUGGAGAAACUGAAGAGGUUGAGUAUAUCCAGUGGAGAUCCAGAGGAGCCUUUCAGUCCUCUCAGCCCCAAGAGCCCAACCCACAUGGCUGAGGGUGAGGAGUGCCAAUCAGAGGGUACAAGUUCGAUCGCCGAGAGGACUGAGUCUCUAAACCGCUCUGUUAAAAAAAAGAGCAGCAUAAAGAGGACCCAGCCUCCAACGAUGAUCUCUAAGUUAGAUGGCAGAUUGGAGCAGUACAACCAUGCUGUUGAGGAGUGCAUUAAAGAGGGAAAUGCAGCCAAACAACCACUAAUGGACGUCCCAACACCAGAAGAGCCUGUAUCUGCCCGAAAGACCCUGUUUGAAGCCGGAGAAGCCUUUACCUCAGUAAAGGCCACACCUUCUAAGGACACAGAGGGAAUAAAGGUGGGCGUGGCAGAUCUAAUUAACCAAUGGGUAAAGGGAAACUCUGAUGUCAACAAGUGCCCCUCCUCCAAAGUAGUGGAUGUUAAGGCUGGUGAGGUGCGUAGCAUAAAAUCCAUGUGGGAGAACAUGGGAGACACAUCACCACAGGAUAUAUCAUAUGCAAAGGGAUCUGGUGGUAAAAAAUACAAAUUUGUUGAAAGCGGGCAUGGAAAGUAUGAGAAGGUCUUAGAUGAGAGAAACUAAGCAACAACUGGCUGACAAUCACAAAGAUGGAAAAGGAAAAGAUGGGGUCAUACAACAAAUACGUACAUCGAAAUGCGAUCAUUGCCUUUCAUGUACAGCACACACAAUGUUACAAGUUAUUAUUUGCAUUAUGAAACAUUACAUAACUCUAUCCAGCUAUACUCAUAAAUAAGUUGUCAGAACAUUUAGUCCAUUACAGAUGUAAGAAACACAAGAGUCAGUCAGUAUUAAAUACAGAAUCUGGAAGGUAUUAGAGAAUCAGUGAACUUGCCUGUGAAGAAUGUAAUGUUUAAUGUUGGGGGGCAUCAAAUGCUAAAAUUUGAAUGAGAAAGUGGAAUCAGUUUUUAAAAGAGCAUACAAAUAUGUGUUGAAAACAAGUGAAAAAUGUUUUUCAUACAAAUAUUGUCUGUUUUUAUGCAUUAUUUUUCUGUAUGAUAAAUAUCUCAAUUACUUUUUAAUCAGGAUGAAUAAAACUAUUAAAAACUC